UUCCUCAAACUACAUCUAGCAAUACGCUAGGAAGGCAGUGCGCGUUCACGCGUAGGGGAGUGGGAUUCUGCGGGGGAGUGAGAAUUCGGUCCAACACCGGCAAUGGAAAGUUUUGUGCUUUUUCGAGGACCCAAACGGGUGACACUGAGAGAAGAUAUGUUGGCAGACAAGAUUUGCAGGAUUUUUCAGGUCAAUUGCAGUAGUCUGUACAUCACAGAUGAUGCAAACACUGCAAUAUUUCCUGAGACAACAGGACGUAUUUCCACACUAAAACGUAUUCAUCGCGGUCAUUAUGAGGUCCACGGAGAUCUAGAUCAGCUCCCACCCACUGCUGGUGUUCCUUUUGCCUUCGCGCACCGACUCACACCUUCUGCUUCUGCUUCCACUAAAACACCACCACGAGCUGGAACUCCACGAGCUAGCGGCCUGUUCCAAGCAAGAUCGUUCCAAAGGUCAAUCCAUAUUGGCGAAAUUGUUAAUGACAAGCUCAGUACUUCGAGGACAGUGGUCAUUUGCUUUUUGGAAGCGGAUGCAACUGUUGAACAAAUAACAGCAAAGGUGAAGGAUGCCUUGAGCUGUGAUGAGCCACUUACCCUGACCGACAGCCAAGGAAAUGAAAUAGUGGACUCAGAAGGCACAAGAAGUUCCCAUUUCUGGAAACAAAACUCCAGAAAAAUCUACGCCAUCCCUGAAUAUGACUUUGAGGAGUUCCGAAAUGGAAGAGCUAAAGCAAGUCGAAGGGACGACGACAGUUGGAGUCUACAAGAGGUCAUUAGUAAAAUUGACCAACUAAAGCAAGUGGCCGGGAGCCUCCCAGACAUCACUUUAAAAAUAAACCAGCUGUCUGAGCUUGCAAAGACCAAAAGCACAGAUGCCAGUCUGCACCCUAUAAAGGAAGCCUUCACCUGUCUUGUUUGUAAAGGUUCCCUCGCUAAUUGAAGCGCUGGCUCCUCCCCCCCCCUCAUCAGUGACUGCAGCUGGAGCCACGCGUAUAAAGACCGCCGCAUAACGCUUCUCGGGUCUCUUUUUGUCUUGGUAGAGCUGCCCGUUGACUGUGGUCUGUUUGGUUGGGUUGCGCUAUUUGUUUGUAUUGGACUAUUCUGCUCUGUGUUGCGCUGUGCGCUCUGUUUUGUGCGAUCUGUGUAUAUCAUAAUUAUUGUUCUUCUGGCAAGAGGCCCAUGGACACACAUCACCCAUAGCUGAAACCUUGUUAAACACACUAGGUAAGACCUGGGCGGACCACCCCCUGUGUUUCUGGUUAGCGCGCCGGCUGGCGUUUGAGUUAGGAGUGUGACUUAUUUUACUUUCAUUGUUUUGGUUCCGUCCAGCCCUUUCCCCCCCACUACCG